GUAAUUAACGAUGUGGUGGGAAUGCAGUCUCCGCGACCAUGGGAACAUUGCCUUUUAAAAGUGGAUAGUGGAUCUUCAGCGCUGCAAAUUGAAUAGAGCCAGCCCUUAGUGUCUAAUACUUUUCUCUAAUCAAUCAUAGUGUGCAAAGUAAAGGCUUACCUUGGCCUAUACAGUGUAACAGGCUUUGUAAGCACUGGAGGUCAUCCUGGGUUACAGUAUUUUACAACCUGCAAAACAUUUUCAAUUAUCCUGGUCCCAGAUUUGAUCUGAUCUUGUUUGGCAUGACAAUGAGAGGCAGGAAGUUGGCAUGAUAGUACUUUUGAUUUGGACACGAUCCAAUAGAUUACACCCUUUCUCUUUCGGCCAGGGAGGAUGCCUAGAAUGGAGGGAGGGAGCUACUGAGCUACUGGUCCUUCCCCCUCUGGUUGUGAGUAUAAGACUGCAGUUCCAAGGCCUUACUGCCUCUACGACUGGACAGAAAGACAGACAGACCGACCGACAAGAUGCACUCCUCUGAGCCCUCACUACACUGGUCGUCUGCCAGAGGAUGCACACUGAAGGUGCUAUGUUGGCGGAGCGUUGGUGUGCUGUACUCCAUAUUGUGCCUUGCAGCUCUACCAGACCAUGCAGAGUCAAGAGCACGCUGUGGAUCUGAACUUGUUGCCCACCUAGAGUUUGUGUGCGGAGACCGUGGAUUUUACAGAGCACCGAACGGACUUCGAUCCACCCGAGGGAAUGGUCCUCGCCUCAGAGGGAAUGGGACUCGGAUGAGAGGGAAGGGAAUUGUGGAGCAGUGUUGCUUAAAGGCCUGCGACCUGCAGCAUUUGGAGAGCUACUGCGCAAAGCCAAAGCGGACCCGACGUCACGCUCCCCUCACGUCUCAGCAAGUUAUGGAGGAGCAAUUUCAGACUGUUUUUCGGAGGAGAAUAAUGAACCACUGGAAACUUGAGUCAAGUCAUGAUGAACAGAGGCAGACCCACAGUGUGCAUCAUCAAAAUAAAGUGCAUUAUGUACACCAGAGACCUCAAAGGGUUAGUGCUGAGGGGAACACAGCAAAAACACCAGACAAGGAUUCCCUCAGACUCAAGAAAUCCCUUCAAAGCAGCAGCAGCAACAACAACACGGCCAUUGUGAUCUUUGACCUUUUUUGAGUCCAGUAUUUCAACAAACUGAGAUGAACAGUCUGAACUCGGCACAAAAUAUCUCUGAUCUUUUUAUUCUUGGCUGUGCGACUGACAAGUCAAUCCAGUACACCCAAUGCACUUUAAAACACUAGGCAGAGGAACUAAGAAAAAAAUACAAUGAUCUAGUUCUGCUUUGUCAUGUUAUAAAUUAAACAUUGAUAUUUUGGGUAUAUACUAAAUUAUGCGUAAGUUGCAGGACUUGUCCUGGAAUCGUUCUGUACCCCUGAUGUUCUUUAGCAGCAUGCCAAAUAGUGUACAUUUGUUUCGAUUCUUCUUGCAUUCUAACAAUAGCACAAUUAUGUGAAUGCAUUAUAAAUAAAGGGGAAGAAGUUAUCAAAAAUAAUUUGCAUUCCAGAAGUAAAAAGUAUUUACAAUAAAAUUGUGGUAUCAUACCUAGAAUAAUUCAACCCAAUCGGUAAUUACAAUAUAUAGUUCCUUAUGAAAGAAGCAAGUAAUUCACAGGUUAUUAUGACAAUUUCACCAUGUAAGCCAAAUAGCCCCAUAACAUCAAAGAUCUACCACCAUAUUUGACAGUAGGUAUAGGGUUAUUUUCUGCUCAUGCGUUCUCAUUUCGACAAUAAACCCACCACUAUUUUCAUGUCAUCUGACCAAAGCACUGGUUCCAAUCCAAGUGCCGUUUAGCAUGCGCCAGGCGUUUCCAUUUGUUGUAUGAUGUGAAAAUAGAACUCUUUGGCCACACACACCAGUGGUGGGUUUGACAUGUAUGAGAAUCAAUGAGCAUAAAAUAACCCCAUACCUACUGUCAAAUAUGUUGGUGGAUCCUUGAUGUUUUGGGGCCAUUUUGCUUCCACUGGUCCCGGGGCUCAACGGCAUCAUGAACUUUACCCAGGACAUUUUUGCCAAAAACCUGGUUGCCUCUGCCAGGAGGCUGAAACUUGGCUGCAAAUGGAUCUUCCAGCAAGACCAUGACCCCAAGCACACAUCAAAAUCCACAGAGAAAUGGUUAAUUGGCUGCAAAAUCAACAAUGGCCAUCUCAUUCUCUGGACUUGAAGAGUACAGUAUAUAAGCACAGAUGAAUAUCAAGGAUCUGGAAGGAUUGGUCCAAGAUCCCUCCCAAUGUGUUCUCCAAUCUCAAACUAGAUAAGGCUCAGUGUCAUUAUCCUCGCAAGGUGCGGUAUUGAAAACGGUAUUGUCAAUUUUUACAUUUUAGUCAUUUAGCAGACACUCUUAUCCAGAGCAACUUACAGUAGUGAAUGCAUACAUUUCAUACAUUUGUUUUUUUGUACUGGUCACCCGUGGGAAUUGAACCCACAACCCUGGCGUUGCACACACCAUGCUGGCGUUGCACACACCAUGCUCUACCAACUGAGCCACAGGGAAGACCCCUAACUUUGAGAAACAUAAGUAUUACUUGUUAAACAAAGUCUUUCUCUGGACAAUUGUAUUAUAAAAUAAUGUAAAUGUACAAUAUACAGUAGCUCAGUAUUUAAAUUAUUUAUUUUAUACAAUCAUUUUUGCUCAUCUUUUAAGGGUGUCAAUCAUUUCAGACCCCACUAUAUGUCAAAUUAAAGCACUACCAUUAUAUUUCAUAUGCAUAUAACUUAUUUUGUAUUGAUAACCUCACUUUAUACUAUUAUCACCACUGCAAACAGCAGCACUGGGUUCCAAUUUAAACAGCAGCAGUACACUUGAUUUGCAUUUUACCUGUAUUUUGUCUCACCAUGUCUUUAUCUUUGAAUAUGAAUCGUAUGUGCCUUAUGUUCAGGCCCCUUCGGUGACUUGAUGACUUACUAUAAUUAUUUACUGUUGCCAUGCCUCAGGCCAGGGCUAAUGUUUAUGAAUGGAGACAAUCUUUUUAAAACUAUUUAUUACAAUGUAUCUGCUUUAAAGCCAAAGUGUUUAUUGGAUGAAUGAAGAGAACCAUUAUGCUGCUAUGUAUUUGAAUGCUUAUUUUUUUGUUACUUUUUUUACACCCCUUUUUCUCCCCAAUUCUGUGGUUUCCAAUUGGUAGUUAGUAUUGUCUCAUCGCUGCAACUCCCGUACAGACUCGGGAGAGGCGAAGGUCGAGAGCCGUGCGUCCUCCAAAACAACCCAUCCAAGCCGCAUUUGAGUGCUUGACGUAUACAAAAAGUGUAGAUUGCAAUUUGUUCAAUGCUUCUUGUUUUGUACUUUGACUACGUUGGAAGUGUUCACAAUAUUUGAUGUAAUACAAUGUAUGCCACCACCUGA